CAUCGUUCGACGAAUCGAUACCGAAUACUUAGUAUUGCCAAUUCUGGCCGUUAGUAGUACUGUGUAUCUGGAUCGCGUACACUCCAUUAGUCUUUCCUAUGUAAAUACGCUACCUAGGUAUGUCUGACUUGCUGGUCUACUGUAUGGACGUAGGUUGGAGCCUACCGUCCAAUCUUCUAUCCUCUUCGAAACCACCUACACUGCCAAAAAGCUUUUUGGGACCAGAUGCCACUGGUACCGCGUGCAGCAGAAGCCACAGAGACAUUAUGGAGACAACGUGUGAAAUGGUCUUCGAGAGCUAUACACUUUUGAAUUAGAAGCGGUGCAGGCCCUUUUGGGUGCCCAAUCAGAGAUAAGCAAAGGACUGCUCUACGGUAGCAUAGAAACGUCACCGUACCUCAAUCGCAACAAACUUUAGCAUCAACGACAAAGAAGAAUCCAGGACAACGUAAUGGAGACUACUCUCUCCAAUCUCGCUCCAAAAUUUGAGAAGACAUGUGAUCAACUUCUUAAUCGAACAAGACAGGCUGAUGGGACGCUACUGUACCUUCUCGAGAACAUGCCAUACUUCGAUUACGACGUUACAUCUGCGCUUGCCAUCGGGAAAGCAAUUGAAUACAUCCCUGGUGGGCCAGAGGAGGUCACAUAUAUCAAUGUGAGAAUAUUCACCCCGAGCUUCGCCAUGGGUACCAUGCACCACAUGCCAUGGCUGAUGAAGGCUCUUUGCGCCGUGUAGGCAAAGCAUUGGCGCACUUGGAGCUUGGACGAGUGGUUCGAAGUUAUGUGAAUGAGUCGGAUAUCAUCCUACCAGAAGAUUAUAUGGCGGGGAAUUAGAUCAGAGAACAUUUCUCCACAGUUCCCCACAGGGCCGCCCAGACAAGAAGUGAGUUUCGUGAGAACAGUGGGUGGACGAGCACGCGGCCCUGUUGUUGUCAGCAAGUGCGUUCGCGGGUGGUAGCGGACCGAAUGCCAUGUUUUACGCUCGAUGAAACUGCCCUAUCUGGCAUUUUUCCAAUGUCAUCGAUUACGGCGGGAAAGGCUACCUUGGCGGCGAAGCCACAACGUCGGUGUUCGACCUACCGAAUCUGGAAAGUCUGAAGUUGCCAUUGAUCGC